GCUCCCGCUUGGACUGCGGCGCAUCCCAUCCGCGAGGAGUGCGGCCCGCAGGAGUCGCAGCGCAGGGCAUAAGAGCGCCGGUUGGCUGGCAGCAACUUCCCCCGAACAAGAAUUCGCUUAGGGCUGCGGCGGGGACUGAGGGCGGGGAGGGGGUCAGAUCAAAGGGAGCGCCGAGGGGCCACCUCUCCCGGAGGCCGGGGAACUUCCCGGGCGCUGACCCCGAGUAGUGUCGCGCGCCCCCGCCCCGCGCGUCCCCGCGGCGGCUGGGUCUCCGGCGCCCCGCGCGCCCCCGCCGCCAGGCCAGCGCCGCAGGCCCCGCGCUCCCGCCCCUGGAGGAGGCGAGGCCGGGCGCCAACAGACUCGCCGGAGCAGGUUGGGAGGCGGGGAGGCGCCGGGUGGAGCGGCCUCGGAGGGAGACGAUGCGUCGGCUCCGCGGUAGAGCGAGUCUCCUUGGCAGAGCCGGUCUCCUCAGCGUGGUGCUGCUGACUGUGCUGCUGGCGGCGGGACGGGGGCUCCCCCUAAGGAAGCCGCGGGGUCCCUGGCUCCGGCCCCAGAGACAAACCAGGCUGGCGGAGGUCUCAGCCUCCCCAGACCUCAGCCCUCUUAGGGGAGAGGAGGACAUGCCACUGCUCCCCAGAACCCUCCUUCAAGCAGGGCCACACCGGCACAGGCGCUGGGCUCUCACUGAGCCAGCCACUCUGACCCCGGAAAAGACAACCCCUCCUGGGACCCAGGAGGACACCCCCUUGCUACUGGAGCUGCAGAAGCUGCCAAGGUUGGCCAACACAGACUUGAGUUCCCCGAACCCCAAUAUCCAGGUGACCAUCGAGGUGGUGGAGGACCCCCAGGCAGAGGUGGAGAUGGACCUGUUGGCUGAGCCCAGCAGUCGCUGGCCCCAGGGUGCCCCCAGCUGGCUGCCCACCAAGGAGCUCUUCUGGCCCCUUUUCUGGGGCUACCUGGAGGGGGACGAGAUGGGAACCAGCCUCAAGGGCAGAGCCCCAGGGGCGGAGGAGGAGGAGGAGGAGGAGGAGGAGGAGGAGGAAGAAGAAGACUACCCUUCGGAGUACAGCGAGAGCGAGGACCAGGCCGGCAGUGAUGAGGAAGAUGACGACGAGGAGCCUGGGUUCAGUGGGGCCACAGGCGGCUGGGAGCAGGGCUGGCUGCUCCCUGGGGACUGGGCCACCAAGGAGUCGGACAGCUACGACUACGAGCCUCAAGAGGAAUGGAGCCCCUGGUCUCCUUGCAGUGCGAGCUGCGGCAGUGGCAGCCAGCAGAGGACUCGGCCCUGCGGCUACGCCUGCACUGCCACCGAGUCCAGUGCCUGCGACCUGCCCCCCUGUCCUGGCACCAAGGACGAGGACCCCUUGGGCUUUCCCAGUGAGGGGUGGCAGCCCCUGGCCCACAAUGCUACGGACAUGCUCCGCCCAGAUGUGGACAGCUGUGAGAAGUGGCUGAACUGCAAGAGUGACUUCCUAGCCAAGUACCUGAGCCAGGUGCUGCGGGACCUGCCCAGCUGCCCAUGUGCGUACCCACUGGAGGCCGUGUACAGGGCCGUGAGCCUGGAGGACGCGCACCAGGGCCGCAGCUUCCAGUGGAAGGAUGCCAGUGGCCCAAGAGAGCGCUUGGACGUCUACCAGCCCACGGCGCGCUUCUGCCUUCGCUCCCUGCUAUCCGGGGAGAGCAGCACGCUGGCCGCCCAGCACUGCUGCUAUGACUCGGGCAGCCGGCUACUGACCCGAGGCAAGGGCGCCGGGGCGCCCGACCUCAUCAGCACUGACUUCUCACCUGAGCUGCACUUCAAGGUGGACACACUGCCGUGGAUCCUGUGUAAGGGGGACUGGAGCCGCUACCAUGCUGUGCGGCCUCCCAACAAUGGCCGGGCCUGCGCUGACAACCCUCCCGAGGAGGAGUACCUGGCCCAGCUGCAGGAGGCCAAGGAGUACUAAUGAGAGGCCUGCUGUGCUGGAGAGUUCUCCUUGCAGCCCCCUCACCCAGCCCCUGCCCACACUGGCUGAGUGCAGACUCGUCCUGGGAGGCUGGUCUGGCCCCAUAGCCCUCUGCCCGUGAACCCGAGGCAGGUCAGCACCCCGGUGUUGAGGAGGGGUUGGAGAGUGUACAGGGCCCAGGGUGAGGGGCGGGAGCUCAGCCCCAGGGUGCCUGGGGGUGCAGUGGACAUCCGUGUCCCUGGGGGCCUUCCUCUCCUGCCUGCUGGGAGGCACUGCCCCAGCCUGGCCACUCAUUGCCCUCCCCCUCCCUCGGAGGUGGGCUCUCCUGCCCUGGCUGUGCACACAGGUGUGAGCCAGGCUCUAGGCUCUCCACACAGCCUGAUUCCCAGGACCUGUGGUGAAUGACUCUGACCCCCAGUCCUGAGGGCCACCCCGCAGCUGCCUGUUGUCAGGCUGAUGGCCAGCCCUGCGUGACCAGCCCUCCUUAGCUCUGAGUGGUUGCACAUGACCCUCUCGUCCCAGUGCUUGCUGGGAGCCGCUGGGCAGGAGGCUUAUCCUCAGCUCCAAGCUUCCUUUCGGUGGAUGCCACUUUAGUCUAAGGCUGAAGGCCAUCAGUGGACAGACAGGCUGAGGCAGCUGAGACGAGGCAGGCUCCAGACGGGUAAAGGAUCACCCCGUUCAGCUCCUGUUCUUUGUCCAGCCCACCUCUGUUCUGUCCAGGUUAUAGGAAUGUGCAGGGCUGGGAGAUGGCACUGCCCCAAAUGGGGGAGUGGCAGCUUAUCACAGCAGCCAGGCUUGGGGUGGGCUCAACACCAGCUCAGGAGGAUGUGUCAUGCUCCUGUGGUGCCCUGGUAAACCAGUUUUCCAGGAAGAGCGUAGGGGGAGCCCUGAUUUGUAGCCUUUGAGUAGUUUCUGUGAUGUAAAAUACUCCCACCGUGGCCCAUUUCAAGCUCCAUGGUGAUGUCACUGAAUGCACUGAGCUCAGCGUGGGGAAGAGAUGCACAUGAUCAGCUCUCCCAGCACACCUGUGCCUCUUCCUGCUGCCCCUCAACCCCAAACCACGCUUCCUUGCCUUCUGUGGGGUUGAAAUGCUGAAGUCCCAGCUGUCUCUGUUCACAAAAGCCUCCACAAGAUAGGGGACUUCAGCCCUGGCCCCUACACAGCUGCCCUGAAGCUCUCUGGGAUCCUCAGCAAUAAAGCACUUUAUUUUCCAG